UAGCUUCAUUUUUCCGACUUCCCUGCAGAGUGCACACUGCACACCCUACAUCCGGUGUCUACAGUUACUCUCCGUCCAGUUACUGCAGUUCCUUCUUCACCCUUCUUUCCACGCUUAAAAUGAUGGCGUGCUUCACUGUCUGACGAAACAAAGCCUCUGGAGAAGAAGAUACGCUCGGGAAACAGGGAACGUAGGUAUGGAGAUCUUGGCUGGAAGAAGCUUGGCCGCUAUAGCCGUCACCAUAUAUCCUACAAUGUGUUACUCGAAGAGCAAGAGAGUCGGUAAUGAGGUGUAUUUCCCCGCGAACGGAUGCAUUUCGAGUGCAUCGGCUGGUUUUCGAGUACGGUGCGGCGGUGCGAGUGCUGGGAGCGAGAGCUGCCUGGCUUUGCCUGUGAAGGAAGACUUUGCUGAUGAGGAAGACUAUGUGAAGGCCGGUGGCUCAGAGAUUUUGUUUGUACAAAUGCAGCAGCAGAAACGCAUGGAUCACCAGUCGAAGCUUUCGGAUAAGUUGCCGAGAAUAUUAUUAAGUAGCGACCACAUACUGGAUUUGGUUGUAAUUGGUUGUGGACCUGCCGGGCUAGCUCUAGCUGCAGAGUCAGCUAAGCUAGGUUUGCAUGUGGGGCUGAUUGGCCCUGAUCUUCCUUUCACAAAUAACUAUGGCGUAUGGGAGGAUGAAUUCAAAGAUCUAGGACUCGAGCGCUGCAUUGAGCAUGUCUGGCGGGACACCAUUGUAUAUCUAGAUGAAAGUGACCCUAUUUUUAUUGGUCGUGCAUAUGGACGUGUUAGUCGUUAUUUGCUCCAUGAAGAAUUACUUAAGAGGUGUGUCGAGUCAGGAGUGUCGUAUAUCAGCACAAAAGUAGAGAGGAUUAGUGAAGCUUCUAGUGGCCACAGGGUUGUAGAAUGUGAAGGCAAUAUUGAGAUUCACUGCCGGCUCGCAACUGUGGCUUCUGGGGCAGCCUCAGGGAAACUGUUGGAAUAUGAGGUUGGAGGUCCAAGGGUUUCUGUUCAGACAGCUUAUGGAGUUGAGGUUGAGGUGGAAAACAAUCCAUAUGACCCCAGCUUAAUGGUUUUCAUGGAUUACAGGGAUUACACAAAGCAUAAAGUUCAAAGUCUCGAAGAACAAUACCCAACAUUUCUUUAUGCUAUGCCCGUAUCUCCAACAAGAGUCUUCUUUGAGGAAACCUGUUUAGCGUCGAAAGAUGCAAUGCCUUUCGACGCAUUGAAAAAUAAGCUCAUGGCAAGGUUGGAGACUAUGGGUGUCGGAAUUGUAAGAACUUACGAGGAGGAGUGGUCAUAUAUCCCUGUUGGUGGAUCAUUGCCGAGCACCGAGCAACGGAACCUCGCCUUUGGUGCUGCCGCUAGCAUGGUCCAUCCGGCCACAGGCUAUUCAGUUGUUAGAUCAUUGUCGGAGGCUCCAAAAUACGCAUCUGUAAUCGCGAACAUUUUAAAACAGUCCAAUGCUAAAAGCCCCACAUCCGCCUCAAGAAUUUCUCAGAACAUCUCCUUGCAAGCCUGGAACGCGCUAUGGCCACAAGAAAGAAAACGGCAACGAGCAUUUUUCCUCUUCGGAUUAGCUCUCAUACUGCAGCUGGAUACUGAGGGCAUUCGAACAUUCUUCCGCUCAUUCUUUCGCCUGCCAAAAUGGAUGUCGCAGGGAUUCCUCGGCUCGACUCUUUCGUCGGCGGACCUGGUGCUGUUUGCGGUGUACAUGUUUGUGAUAGCACCAAAUGACAUGAGAAAACGGCUCAUCAACCAUCUGAUAUCCGACCCUACAGGUGCUAUUAUGGUAAAGACUUAUCUUGCUAUAUGAAUUUUACCUCUAAUACUUAGUAUAGAUGUUUGUUAACUGCUUAAUAAUUUUCAGUGUACAGACUAUAAGAACUUCGUUAUGAUGCUAAUUGUUAUGCAGCAAUUUCCAGAAAUUAUAUAUAUAUAUAUGUGUAUGUGUAUAUAUUUGGUUUUUA